UUGAACUUCCGGUCCCUUUCAGUUCCACAACACACAUGUAGCUUGGAGAGUUGAGUUGGAUUGACGACUGGUAGAAACAUGAGUGCUGAUAAUAGCACUGGAAAUGUAUCUGUGGCCUUACGGAAUCUGCUGAACUCUAUCCAGUGUAUCAGAGACAGAGUCAGAGAUGGAGAGUCCAAUGAGUCUGCUGGAGCCUUCAACCUCUCCAACUUCUGGGACACUCUGAACCAGGCAGUGAAGGCGGUGUCCCAAGAAGCUACCAAAGUCAGCCUGGCCUUCUCCAAACCACCGCUGCCAUCACAACAGGAUGCAGAGAAGUUGUCUGACUCCAUGAUGAAGAGUAUCCUGACUCUGUCCACAGUUUAUUACUGGCUGCCUAAAAGCCAAGGAAUCAGUCUGCGGCGCCAGAUCAGAGACGCCACCGUGGAGGUUUUGGAGGGAGUGUCCCAGCUGGUGGAGGUCAUACUGAGCUCGCCACAGGAGACGCUGACCCAGGAACAGUUAACAUCCACAGGAGGAGUGUGGUCGGCCUGUGAUCGUUUCGUCCAGCUGCCACAGGAUAACAGAGCAGCAGUUUUGGUGGUUCUGUCUGAACAGGUUGGAGUUGUCAAAGAUGCUUUAGAAGAAAUUGAACAGGCGUUAUCUGAGGCCCAGGACCCGUUCAGCGACGUCCUGGAGGAUGAGCAGGGAGGAGACGAGCCCAGAGGAAACCAGGACACGUACUGGUCGGAGAAGGACCGGCGUGUGAUUGGUCCGUGUCAGGGGCUGAUGAAGGCAUCGGCGGCGUGUCUGAGGAAGCUGUCGUCAGCCGUCAGAGCUAACGGUGAUGUCAGCACGCCUCAGAAACUCGAGCAGCUGGACGACCUGGCUGACAUCAGCAAGGAGAUCAGCCCUGGUGUUGAUGAUCUGGCUCUCAGUCUCUACCCUCCGAUGGACUACAGCGGCGUGGAGAACAACGUGUCUAAAUUGGCAGCAUUGUUAAAGAAAGUCCUGGAGAUUAUCAGGUCCAGUCACGUGUGCGGGGAGUCCCAGCUGACCUGGGUUCAGUUCUUGGACGGAGCUGUCGACCAUAACCUGCAUAAAGCUAAAGACCUGAUUCAUACAGACAGCUAGCAUGCAUGGAUGGAUGCCUGUGUACAUAUAAGAGUUUAUGUUUUAUUAAAGAGUAUGAAUGAGUCUGAAAGCAGACACAUGUUAAACUACACGUGACAAUGAAAUAAAAGACUUUUGAUCUAA